AUGUCGAUAUUAUUUCAGAGUUCAUUUCAGCCCAUACAAAUUCACGAAAUGUCAAGAUUCAAAAGGACAAGGGCCAGGGAAAACAACAGGUUAAUGUCUAUUGAUGUGUUUAAGUGUCAGUUUAUCUCAACCCAUCAAAAUUCCCAAAAAUGUCCAAAUGAAAAAGGAUAUGAAAAAGGGAAACAGAAGACCAAGACUGAUGAAAAGGAGCACCAAUAUGCUGAACCAGACGUAAUUUUCUUAGAUGAGGCUGUUCAUCAGGUGAAGCAACUACGGGGUAGGACAAUCAGUGUUAAUCCACCUAAUCAGGAGCCCAUCAGUAAGGUGACAUGCAAGAAGGAAAUAUCUGCAAAGGUGGUUUCUGAUGAGCCUUCUUCUGGUACAGUCUCACAGAUCAAUAACUCCAAGUUUCUUGAAACUUUCGGUGGUGUUGUACCCCAGCAGUACAAGGUAAGCUAUUCACAUAAGAUACCUGAGUUGAAGAAUGUGAAGAAGGUAGCUGUUCAGUCAAGUAUGGACACAAAGAUGCAUAAACCAAAUGGUGAUAUUGAUUGGGGCUCACAAGCUAUCAUGGACAACAUUACUGAACGAACAUCUAAAGCUAUUGCAAGAGGUAACGAGUUGUAUAAGAUGUGUGGAUUAAAACCCCCUCCUUCCUCAACAGAUGGUAUUUUCACCAUUGGUUCUACUCAGGCGAAACCUUUAUCAGAUAUAACUGCUGAAGUUAUUGCAACAACCAAUGAGUUGUGUCGCCUUUCUGGUCCUGAUGUCUUGGGAGAUAUUAGUAAGCCGAAAACCGUGUUGAAGCAAGUGAAGCCUGAAAAGUUACAGCUCUGUUUAAGCUAG